AUGGCCACCUCCUCGCUGGUCGAUUCCCUUCCGAACGGAUGGACGCAUGCUGAACUGGCAGAGCUUGAGGAGACGCUGGCCACAGAGACUGGAGCCGAUCCAGGUGCAUUGACCUCAGACUCCAGACCCUGGCGUUGUUUGAGAUGUCAUUCAAGUCAUUGGGCCCCGCUGGGUACCGACACCUACACGCAGUCCGAGGAUCAGCGAGCCACUGACCCGGCACGGGAGGCAGGUGUUCCUUUGCCGGCCAUGCUGCCGAUCGAAGCUCGAGGCAAGGGAGUUGGCAAGAGUUCAGACGACUCGGAGCUCCUCAAGGUGAUGAAGCAGUUGCUUGAGGAGCGCAAGAACGACAAGUCCUCGCAGAGCAGUUGGGACACCCGUAAGGGACCGUCGCCUGGCAUAAAGUGGAAGGGUGGAACACCACCAAAUCCACCCAAGUGGAACUACAGUUCCUCGGACCUCCGUGCCUUCUCCAAGUUCGAGCGCGAGGCCGAGGCAGAAAGUGAACACAUGGAGCUGUCGAGGGUGAAUGACAAGAACGGCGUGGACUACAUUCUUUCGUGCUUGAAGGGGCCGCUUGAGCAGAAAGUUUUGUAUCAGAAGCGUGCAUUGCUUGCAAACUAUGAAGUUGUUGCCCGCACUGCAAACGAAACGAUUCGUCAGUACAUCAAUCGAUACAAGCGGAUCGAACGUGAUUUGCAAGCAGUUGGCAUACAGACAGGCAAAGGAGGGUAUCCACCUCGCAAGGUCUUCCAGGCCGAGCACGAAACCGCGCAUGAAGCUGAAAACGAAGACGAGCUCGCCAUGGCCGACAUGGCCGCUGAGGACGAAGAGUUCUUCGAGCCCGAGGAAAACCCCGAUGCCUCACCACCAGUCGACCCUGAUCCGGACCAAGAAGAUGACGAUGAUUUGGGUGCAUCGCUAAGCGAAUUGGCAUCCGUGCUUACAGCCCUGGCAAAGGAGGAAAAGGCAAGAGCAAGACUGCAACUGGGGGGACCCAAUCCUCGACUUCCUCUCGUGGUGACCUAUGGGGAUGAACAACCACAAGAUCCACAAGAUCCCUUCUACACCUUCCCGGCCAACCUCAUGGUAGAUGUUCCGGAUGCCCCCUUCGUUUAUGUCACCGAGACCAUUGACCUAGCUGGCUACAUGGUGUUGGACACGGCAUGCUCCAUGAGACCCAUGUUCCACGACCUGACGAUGAACGACUACCAGGGAUCGGGGUACACUCGAGAGGAGUUCGAGAACAUCAUGGAAUGCUACGAGGAAAGGGAGCCGACCUCAGACAAUCCGGAUCAGUACCACUCCGAUCUGGAGACGCCCAUCGACUAUGCAACCGGAUGGGACCUUCAGAAGACCGCCCACCUGGAUCAACUCAAGCCCUUGAUCCUCAUUCAGGGGAUCGAUUGCCGCGACUGGUGCAUCCUUCAGGACAACACCAAUUAUGUCAGGAGGAAGAUUCUUUUGCUCAUGCGUCGGGCCAAGGCACGCAGACUGUUGAAGAAGGUCUGCCAAUGGUGCCGCAAGCAAGUGGAUGAAGGACGCAUGUUCCUGCUGGAAAAUCCCACUACCAGCCGGAUCUGGUUCGAGCCCGUCAUGACCAGCCUGCUUAACCUUCCCGGUGUGACCACCAUAACCUGUCAUGCCGGAUCAUAUGGAGCCCAGGACUCGGAGGGCAACAUGAUCAGGAAGGGGCACAGGUUCAUGGGCAACUGCCCUCAUGUACUGGCACGUCUGAGCCGCAAGCUCACACCAGACCAGCAGAAGCAAUGUGUGCCACUCCAAGGCAAGGAAACCACCUUGUCACAGCACUACCCACCAGAGAUGGUCGCCGAGAUCCUCAGGGGUGUGCGAGAAGAGGUACACCACCGACAUCCAGAUCGACAACGCCAGCCCCGUACCUUUUUCACCACGUUCAUGGUCACAGCAGUUGACCAAUGGGCAGAAGCACUCCAGAUGGCUGACAGCACGUUCCAAGUCACUCGAUACAAGUCCUUCACGCUGCCUACUUCAGAUCCCCUCUUCCUCAAGGCCUUGGAGCUUUCUCAAUGGAAGCACAUGGAGAGGGUUCAGAUUCCUGGCGGUUUCCCUGGCACGUGCCUCACACACAGGGCAGCCGUGCUCAGAUACACCGAUGGCCAGGUGGAUGUCAUUGAAGAAGAUCUUCAAGAACUACGUCACCCAAAGGCACGGUUCAAGAAGCCAGUGGACGUUGGCAUUUUCAUGUUUGGACAAGCCCGGCAGGCAGAACCACACGCAUCACAUCCUCCAGAGGCCAAACGCCUCCGACCAGACCAGGACGACACAGCCACGACACAGGCAUCAGACCGGCCAGAUGACAACCCAAGAAGCAUUAUGCCAAAUCCCUCGGAGGACAUCACCUUCCCUGAUACUCUCAAGAUCAGUGCGGAGAUCAAGAACAGCCUCCGUCGGAUGCACAAGAACCUUGCACAUCCCAGACCAGCAGAACUCAAACGACUGCUGGACGGCAUUUCCGACCAGCGGAUCCACACAGCCGUUGAGUCGAUGUCGUGCGAUACAUGCAAUCGCACCAAAGGGCCAUCCAGGCCUGCUCCAAGUGGCGUGAUGGCCGAUGAUGGAGCUUCCCAAUUUGCCGACAGAGUCCAGAUGGACAUCUUCUACGUCAGAGACCUGACAGGAGCAAACCAUAUGAUCCUUGGGGUCAUUUGUGAAGUCACUCACCUUCACUUGGGCUUCCUCCUCCAGAACCGCUCGCCGGAGGAGAUCACCCGCUGCUUCACCUUAGGUUGGGCCAGGGCAUUUGGCUUUCCACUCCGGAUCAGAACAGAUCCAGAUGGCUCGAUCCGAGCCGCCUUUGAAGCAGCUAUGGAUGAAGCCGGUGUCUACAUGGACUAUGUUCCGGCAGAAGCACACAACAAGAUAGGCCUCAUUGAGCGCCACAAUGCAACAUACAGAUCACUCAUGGAACGAGUGAUAGAACAGCAAGCAGUUGUCGGCAGCAACCAGAUGGAGCUCACAACAGCUGCAGCAGCACACGCCAAGAACUCCUGCACAUGGUCGGCGGGACGUCCGCCAUACGUGGCCGCUUUCGGCCGCAUUCCACGACAAGGCAUGGAGCUCUUGAGCGACCCACACGGCCUUGUGACAGGCCAAACAAGAGCACAAGCACAACAGCUCGCAGACACUUUGCGGGUCGAGGCACAGCAACAGAUAGCUGCCAUGUCAGUUGACAGCACUUUCCGGCGGGCACUCCUCCGGAACACAGCACCGACAGAGCAAGACAUCCCAGAAGUUGGCAGCAUCGUCGCCUACUGGCGUUGGACCGCCAUGCGGCAAGAAACGCGGGUACAAAUUCGCAAGGCCCUCAGACAAGCAUCACAUAACUUGGACGACAACAACAUCCAGGAUGACACAGUUCCAGCACCACCGGAACAACUGGAUGAUCCAGACCAACCACUCGAGAACGAUGACCACGAGCUCAUCCCCGAGGUUUCCGAACCGGCAUUACCUCUUCUAGUACCUCAGGCCUCAAGGGCCAACCAACAGGCACACCACACAGAAGAGGCAGUACAGACAGAUCCCUACCUGCAACAGCAGAGCGGUGCACCACAAGUUGAGUACCAUCUCAACGUGCACUCACCGACAUACAAGCAGACCAUCAUACAUCAUACACCCACAAGCACAGCCGAGUACACCAUUCGGCAUGACACCAGAGCAAUGGAUGCAGCCGGCAGUGAAUGUCCACAGGCAAGUGAAGCAGAGGUCAUCGAUGUUGACGGCCUAUCAGACAAGACACCACCGCUGCAGAAAGACCAUUUGGCUCACGUAGUGCCGUCCACACCACCGGACUUAGCACUGGAUACACGGCAGACCUCUAAGAGGAGCAGCACCGAGAUGGAGCAGCCGAUACCAGAGCAAGCACCAAGAGCCUCAGCAGACUUUGCAGCACUGCUUACAAAACACAUUCGGCAGCAGCGGAUUGGCAACAACACCUACAUCCUUCAUGGAUACCAGAACAUAGCAAAGGUCGUCUGGGACACUCCGUACGACAGCGAUCAAGAUGGUCGCACAAUACUCCCAGAGCGCACAAACCUGAUCACAGAGCUAUGGCAUGAACCUUAUGCAGCACAUCUCUCCUCACUGGAAACAACUCCAGACGGCAUCCAGUUCAGAGACCACUACCAGGAUGGCAGUGAACAUGUGAAGAUGCCAUAUGCUUGCCACUAUGCCUUUCAGGCAUACCGGGCAGUCCCAGGCUACACUGGCACCGGUGAGUCUAGCGACUCUGAAGCCUCAGCCGAUGACAUGACGGCUGGACACCAGGGCACCACCAAGACCCUGACACGCCAGGAACAAAAGGCCCUGGACAAGGAAGUCCCUUGGCAAGCCAUACUGGAGAUGAACCAAGAAGACAUCGACAAGUAUGUCGACUCGGCAAAGGCUGAAGAGACCUCCUGGCAACAGUUCAAUAGCGUGAUCCCUCUCACGACCCAGGAGGCAUCUCAGGUCUUCAAAGACCCAAUCCUCAAGAAGAGGAUUCUGCGGUCAAGAGCCGCGUACAGAGACAAGGCAAAGGGACAAGGCCCGCUCAAGGCCAAGACACGGGUCGUCGCCUUGGGUCAUCUCGACCCUGACUUGAAGGAGCUUUGCCGCGAGAGCGCUACACCAACGCGCCAAAGUGAGUACGUGUUGUAUGCGAUCUUCAUCGCAGGCACAUUUCGUUCACCGCUCUACAAGAUUGUUGGAAACAUCUAUGGCCUUGCAAGCGCCCCCAGGACAUGGUCGUUGCAUGUUGUCAAGGAGCUCACCACAAAGGCCGGAUUCCGCCAGCACUCGCUGGACACGAUGUUGUUUUAUUUGUGGGAGCGCCUGCCUGGAGAUGAGCAUGAGUCGUUGGCAGCAGUUUUGGUUGCAUAUGUUGACGACUUCCUCCUCACCCACAACGAGCGUUGGGACAGGUCCAAGCUCACCCGACUUUUCCAGUGGGGAAGUCAAGACGCCCUCACGGAACAACAGAGCUUGGUGUUCAAAGGAAAAGAGGUCAGCCUGAAACGCCAAGGUGAGGUUUGCUACUUGGCCCUGACCCAGUCCAAGUUCAUCGCUGGCAUGAAAGUUGGCAAUGUCGCAUGCAAGAAGCGACUGGAUCAGGUGAUCCAACCGGAAGACAUGCCGGAGUUUCGCUCCGUCGCAGGAUGUCUGCAAUGGCUUGCAGGUCAAUGUCGACCAGAGGUGGCAUCAACAGUUUCGUUGCGCAGCCGCGGAACAAAGUCCACCUACAAGGACUUGCAAUGCCUGUAUGAUGCAGUACAGAGCACCCUUUCGGCAGAAGCAAGUGCAUGUGACACUGGAAUUGAUCGAGCCGCCUUUCUUUCAUUCCUGCUGUCAGAGAUGAUUUUCUGCUGCCCUUCGUUCAAGCUGACCCGGACACUUCGCAUCAUCGGUGCCACGGACUGCAGAUCGUUGUACGACGUUUUGGUCAGCGAGAAUCCUCGCACGGAGGACAAAAGGACCAUAGUGGUCAUCAGAGCCAUCCAGCAAUAUCUGCAAAGGCCUGACGUUCACUGGGUUCCGACCCGCCUCCAAUGGGCAGACAGCUUGACAAAGUUGAGUGACAAGCUGGUCACCACUUUCAUGCAGUGGCUUGAAAAGCCAUGGAUUCAGCUCAGGGAGACGGUCGCCAGACCACAUCAAGCUCAACAGAAUAUCAUGAGUGUGAAUUUUGAGCAUGACAUGCCACAGGAUCGUACGCGUAUGAGCUGA